AUGAUAUGCCAGUUAGUGGUGCAGACUCAGUGGGAGAUAAGACUAACACUGGUGUCUGUGUGGCACAUCUAUGGAUUUUCUGUUCUCCUCCCAGGAGCGCAGGCCUUCAUCUGUUGGUCUGGAACAGCAGUAACUGUGAGGAAUGAAACAGAACAGUCCUUUCAGCAGACCUUUGGCAGGAAGAUCUGCAGUGAGGGCUGGGGUUGCCAAGACACACUGAUGUUACUUGAGAAUGGACCCCAAGUGCUCCUAGUAUUCACCAAGGGCUGUACCCAGGAGGAGGAUCAAGAGGCCCGUGUCACCCAGCACCGGGCAGGCCCUGGUCUCUCCAUUGUCUCCUACACCCAUGUGUGUCGCCACAAGGACCUCUGCAAUGACCUCUCCACCACCCUCCCUUUCUGGAACUUGUCUCCCCCUGCAGGGUCCGUGCGGUGCCCAGUCUGCUUGUCUACAGAAGGCUGUGAGUCUGUGACAGAGGUGACCUGCCCCAUUGGGCACUCACACUGCUACAACAGGAUCCUCAAGCUCAGGGAAGGGGGCAUCAACAGCAAACUGAGAGUCCAGGGAUGCAUGUCCCAAGCAGCCUGCAACCUACUUAAUGAGACUCGGGAAAUUGGGCCCUUGUCUGUGAGUGAAAACUGUAAUACUGACGCUUUUCGGACGUGUCAACAGGGACUCACGCUUUGGGCUAAACCAAACUCGAGUAAGGAACUGGAAGAAUGGAAUACAUUUAAGAAUGUGACAUGUUUUUUGGAGGAGGUGUGUCAGGAGACUCUUCUGCUCAUAGAUGUAGGACCCAGCUCACUCAUUGUGGGGAGUAAAGGUUGUGGCAGGACUGAGACACAGAAUUCCAAGACUCUGUCCAUCUACUUGAGUCCCCCUGGAAUGGUUGCCGCCUCCUAUGCCAAUUUCUGCUCCUCCAAUGGGUACAACAGUGCCCGCAGUACCAGUCUCCUGCUGAACUCCAUCCAUCAUUCAGGUGAACUGUCUGAGGAUGAAAAUAAUGAUCUCCAAAGUGGGGCUGCUGCUGUCCCCUACAUGGCUCAGGUGGUGGGGCUGGGGCUGUCCCUAGCCCUUUGUUGUGGGAUGACCUCCAUGCUCACUCUAUUUCCCUAUGUUUCUUAG